GUGAGGGGCUUGAGAGGGACGGGGCAGGGCUGAGGGCAUGAGGGGGCCGGGCAGAGCUGUAGGAGCCGGGCAGGACUUGAGGGGCGUGAGAGGGUUGGGCAGGGCUGAGGGUGUGAGGAGAGUGAGGGAGCUGGACAGGGCUGAAGGGGUCGGGCCAGGCUGAGGCUGUGAAGGGGCCGAACGCGGCUCCUGCGGCUUUGUGGCGCUGUCCCCGCCGCUCGUUUUGUCGCGCUGUGUCGCAGCGUGGUGGCGGAGCAGCUCAUCCUGCUGCUCUUAUCCAGCCACGGCUCCGUCCUGUGGGCUCUGCCGCCGCCUCCUCCCGAGAUCCGGCUGCUCUGGGGUCACUGCUGCCAGCUGUCGUUAGUCCUUAAUGAAUUAAGAGUUCUCUAAGAUUAGACACGAGCGGUAUUUUUUCUCCUAUAGGCUCACGGUGUGUGGGGGCUGACUCUGAGUGCAGAGGGCUGUGGGAAUUGCCGGUGAAAGAUCUUUUUUACUCUUGACCAAGGUGGCUGUGGCUCCCAGGGGAAAGACUCUCCGGGUGGGCUCUCGGUUCUACAAAAGCCUCGACGUGCCUCUCCCAGACUGGCUCCAGACAUCAGAGGAAGGAGAACACGGUAUUAUUUUGUCUGAAGUGCUCAGCUUCAAGACUUCACUUUGUUCCUCACAGCUUGCAGGGAUAUGAAGCCAAUUGGAAAAGUGCUUUGUGCUACAGGGGUUGUAGCUGUGCUCAUAGCUUUCUUCUGGAAAGAUGACUUUAACCCAGCUUCUCAGAAGGUGAAAAACAAGACACAGCUAGCUGGCAUCAUGAUGUCAUUGCAUCACCAGUCCUGCCUCUUCUAGUCGUGGAGAAGCACCAGGAAUUUUGAGCACUCAGAGAGCCUGUCUGGUGCCCGUGUUCUUGUGACUGGAGCCAGUGCUGGGAUUGGAGAGCAGCUAGCAUAUCACUAUGCCAGAUUUGGUGCUGAAAUUGUGUUGACUGCCAGAAGGGAAGCUGUGCUGCAGAAGGUGAUGGAGAAAUGCCUGACACUUGGAGCAAGGAAAACAUUUUACAUCCCUGCAGAUAUGUCUUCCCCUUCAGAGCCUGAAAGGGUGGUUCAGUUUGCUGUCCAAAAGCUGGGGGGCCUGGAUUACCUCGUGUUGAACCACAUCGGCACCAACCGCUUCCAGGAGUGGGCUGGGGAUGUGCAAUACACGCGCUGGCUCCUGCAGGUGAAUUUUUUGAGUUAUGUGGCUCUUGCAACAGCGGCUCUUCCCACGCUGGAGAAGAACAGAGGUGCUCUGGUGGUUGUUUCUUCCCUCACAGGGAAAAUGCCCACUCCCUUCACCACUUCUUACUCUGCCACCAAGUUUGCACUGGAUGGAUUCUUCAGCUCCCUGCGCCACGAGCUCAUCAUGCAGAAGAGAGAUGUGUCAGUCACACUGUGCAUCCUGGGCCUGAUUGACACUGACUCAGCACUGGAGUACACCAGGGGCAAAGUGUUCCUCAGCGCCUCCCCCGCUGCCGAGGCCGCGCUCGCCAUCGUCCGGGGCGGAGCCGCUCGGGCGCACGAGAUUUUCCACCCGCCGUGGCUGCGGCAGCUCUGCUGCCUCUGGGCUCUGUUCCCCCACAGCGGGAACCGGGUGCUGCGGACUUUCUAUAACUACAGCAGCGCCUGAGGGAUGCCCAGUCUCACCCUACAGCCCUUCUAAUCCCAUUCCUGCCAUCCCACUAAGCAUUCCACUCCACCACUGCUGUCAAGCAGGGCCAGGGCAGCAGGCGUGGCAAAGUCCCCUUUUCCUAACGUGACUCAUGCUCUGUCAUCAUGCUUCAGCCAUGGUUCUGCUGCUGCUAGCCAUCAGUCAGAGAUCUUUCCCUCUUUCACUCUGCCUUAGCCCCCCUCCCAUCUCCCCUCCUCCUUCAGCCUCACCUGUGUGCUCUGACUGCACCCAGCCUUUGCUCAGCCCAGCUUUAACCCCCGUCUGUCUGCACAGGAUGUCCUGGAAUGGCUGUACAUUCCUGGGGCAUCCUCCUCCACUACUUCAUUUUGGAUUCCAUGAACCCUCUUGCUUCCUCUAAGUAGAAUUUUUUUCUCUAUUUUAAUUAAACAAGUCUUUAGUGUGUUGGUGUUA